AUGAUACGGUCCCCGCGGAGUCUUUUCUUGACAAACAAGACUGCCCGCAUCUCAGUGAGCGCGACGACCCGUUUUUUACAAAAGCGUGGCAUCUCUCUCACCGGGCCAGCGCAGCGCACGUUUCUUGCACUCUACCAUGUGCAACAACAACAGAAGCAGCAGGGCAUGGUUGCUGAUGCCUGCCGUACGUCGUGCCGCACCUUCUCCAGCACCCAUGUCCUGCGGGAGCCGAAAAAGCCGGAUGAUCAACUCGCUGGCUUCCACGAGGUCAAGAAGUACGAGGAGAAAAGCGAAGAGCAGCAGGGGGAGCAGGAGGAUCCUUUCUCAAACAACGCUGGCCCUGGCUACCUGCCCUUUCCACCGCCCUUCCACACCAUCAAUGUGGUGAUGCUGCUCUUCCUCGCCAACAUCAUCACAUACCUCCUUAUGAACUUCUCUGGGAACGACGACGUGCGGGAUUUCAUCGUUGAUCAUUUAACUCUGUCACACGAGAAUGCCUGGCGGAUUUAUCCACUCUUCACAAAUGCCUUCUACCAGGAGAAUCUCCUGCAGCUCGCCAUUGACUGUUGGCUGCUGCAGCAAUUUGGCAAGACCAUGUUGGGUUUUCUCGGAAAUGUCCGCAUGACCUUCUUCGCCGCGCUCUGCACGCUUGGUGGUAGUUUUAUCCACGUGGCACGCCAGCAGUUUGAGCUGUACUACGGCAUGGACCCCUUGGAGGUGCGUGGGCGUUGCUACGGCCCGAACCCGUUCAUCCUUGGACUCGUUGGCGUGGAGGGUCUCAUCUUCCGUCACCUCAACUUUAUCCAGCAGCCGCCCGUCCCCUUCUUAGUUCUCACGGCUUUCGUGAUGGUCAUAGACGUCUGGCGCAUCUUCACAACGAAGCCAGAGGAGCACGGCGCGUCUACAGGGGGCGCACUCGUGGCGUACUUCUUCUGGGCCUUGCCCACGCGUAUGCUCGGGCUUGACAAGCUCACCGCCACGUUUUAG